UUAUUUUUAAAGUGAUAUUUUUUUUUUCCUUUCUGGGGAUUAUACUUUAUAAAUCUCCACUGUUUCACAUAAGUGUGUCUGUACAAGAUUAACAUUUGAAGAUGUCUGCUCCACGAUUGCCACCACUUCCAACCAUACGAGAUAUACUGAAAUUAUAUAAUUUGAGUGCUACAAAACGAUUGUCUCAAAAUUUCCUUUUGGAUGAAAAUAUAACUAACAAAAUUGUAGCAAAAGCAGGAAAUAUUUCUGGAGGUCAAGUACUGGAAGUCGGUCCAGGUCCAGGUGGAUUAACUCGAUCUAUCCUUAAAAAAAUCCCUGAACGAUUAGUAGUUGUGGAAAAAGAUGAAAGAUUUAAACCGACUUUAGAGAUGUUAGCAGACUCAUUUGGUGCGAUCAAUGGAAAGAUGGAUAUAAUAUACGAUGACAUCUUGAAAACAAACAUAGAGAGCCUAUUCCCAUUGGAGAAAAAGAGAAAUUGGAAUGAUAAAUCUCCAGAUAUCUUCAUCAUAGGUAAUUUACCGUUUAAUCUAGCGACAUAUCUUAUAAUUCAGUGGUUGCAUGCGAUAUCCGAACAACGUGGGCCUUGGGCAUUUGGUAGAACAAAAAUGACGUUAACGUUCCAAAAAGAAGUAGCAGAACGUUUAGUAGCUCCACCAAUGGGAGACCAACGAUGCAGGCUAUCAGUAAUGGCACAAACUUGGACAUUUCCAGUACUUCGUUUUAUUAUCCCUGGUAAAGCUUUUGUUCCAAAACCGGAUGUCGAUGUGGGAGUGGUGUCAUUUACGCCAUUGGUCAAACCACGCACACAGUACGAUUUUAAAUUCUUUGAAAGGAUAACGAGGCAUAUAUUCAAUUUCAGACAGAAAUACAGUAUACGAUGCAUCGAAACUCUAUUUCCGAAGGAAUACCGCAAAGAUUUAGGUUUGAUGACGUACAAGUUAGCUGACUUGGAACCAACGCUCAGGCCGACACAACUUACCAUAGAGGAUAUCAACAAGUUAGCAACCGCUUACAAAUAUCUGCUCGAGAAACAUCCGGAGCUUAAAUUGUAUAAUUAUCGCACAUCUCGGCACUUAUUACCAUUAAGUAACACAAAAGAUAUUAUAGUGCAGGACUGUGCAGAAAUAUUGGAAGAAAAUGUUGGAAUGAGUAUCUAAUCGGAACGAUCUAUAUUUGAAAUAUGCAUCAAAUUUCAGUUUUAUUAAAUCGUAGAUUGUAAUGUAGCAGAUUAAUUUGUUA